CACUUUUUAUAACUGUAUCUGAGAACUCCUAUUUUUUCAAUUGGGCUCAACAUUAACACAUCAAUAUAUUAUUAAUAUAUCCAUACUCAAUUGUUUACCAAUUCGCCAUUGAUGACGUAAAGCAAAGGGAAAGUCGUGAAGGAGGGGCAUGAAGGGGAUGGUGUGAAUAGCGAGGGUGGUGGGUUAGGGGAGGUUUUGACGAAUUGAACUGCGGUCAAGAUGGCGCAUUAUCAAGGUUGGAAUGAGGAGGAAUCUUCGAGAGUAGGAAGAAGUCAAGAAGAAGUGACAUAUACGUUUGUUUAAGCUUUGCCAUAAUUUAAUCGCUUGACACUAAUACCUCAUCUUGGAACAGUGCGUCAGGAACACUAAGGCACCCAACUUCAUCCUUCAUUUCAAUCAACCGUGGGCAUACAAAUAGUAUCAACUCAAUCUUACCUUCAACGCGAACGAUUGAUCCAUUGAAAAUUUUGCGCAAGACCGAUAUCUACGACCUUCAAGAUGAAAUUACUAGUCUUCCGACUCCAGGUGGUAAGAAGCGACCGGAGUCACCCUCAAAGAAUGGCCGUGCGAAAACAUCACCCAGCUCUGUAUUGUCUAAUAAAGCUCCGGCGGAGGAUUGUGAUUCUGACCACUUGGAGGUAUCUUCACCGAAGAGGAGAAAAAUUCACACGAAAGGAACGAAAGGAACGCAACCCAUAUUCAAAAUUCCGUCUAGAGUACAAUCAACAUCUGUCAGCGGAGGUCUUCGAGACUUAUCUAGCGAACUAAAUGAUGGCUCGUCUGUCUCUCAAUUCACUACAUCACCUGAAGUUCAUAAAAGGUCUAAGAAGAGAGUGUCCUCUGCUCUGCUUAGCAAGCGGAAGAAAUCUCCAGAAUUAUUUGAGAGCUUAAUUAUUACCAAACCAUCACUACCUUCCUUCACCUUAAAACAUCCAAGAGAGCAAUCGCAAUCUAUUAAUCGACUACAAGGUUUCACAACAACUGAGGAGCAGCUGAAACUUAAUUCCAACGGAAUAGCAAAUACAACUUUACAGAAAUUAGCAGCCUUCAAAUAUGUACCUUGCAAUGAGGAUCCAGCGGUAGAUCAGCCAAGAGUUGCAAGCAAAACAGCAGAUAAUCGCGUAGCCUUGAAUCAGUACCAUGAUGGACACGUCUUUGAAGAACCAAAUCAACCUUCAACGGACUAUGGUCACAUGUUGAGUGGUUCAUUUUUCGAAGAGGCCUUAUGGAUUCCAAAACAAUUGCCUGAACGUAAUGAUAUUGAGGUUACUUGUCCUAACGUAUCCGGAAUUCACUAUCGCCCAAAAACUGCAAUAACAUCUGCUAUACAACAAAUUCCAGAUCAUGUUGAGUGCUCAUUAAAGCAGUUCGAGUACAUCUCUACUGCCACUGGGGUGGGAGCAUUGGAAAAUGUUUCGAAUGAAGUUGUUUUCAGUGGCAUUGAUAGACAGCAAGUUCAGCAAGGACCACCUGUGGUUGGCAAUAAUGAAUUUAGCCAGCUCACCGGUAUGAAUUCUGAGUUGCAAAACCAUAAACCACAAGUAUAUGUUCACCUGCCAAGCACAAGUUCCGAGCAAGAACAGGCACAUGCAGAGACCCUUCAAGACUCGACAAUACCCCCGCCAAUGUCGACGUCUGUAAGACGUCAGGCAGACAUUCAAGUUGAGCAACUAAACAUUGGUGAUAGUGAGCCAGAGCCGACCAAUGCGCCCCAAGAUUACGUCGAGAGCGAUGACUUCGACGAUGAUAUUGAUGACGAGGAUUUGCUAGCAUUGGUUACAGAUCCUGCUGUACCAGAAACCUCUACGGAAAGUCACAUUGCGAAAGGCACUGCGAUGCAAUCACUCCCACCUUGGGUACCAUAUAGGGCCGACCUUGCAUGCACAGUCAUGAUGCACCCGCAUCCCACCGUAAAUCCUGUGCAAGAAAUCGCCCAUUCUGCGUCUUCAUCCGUUGUAGUGGAUGAGGAGGACGAUUACCCACUGGAUGCAGAUUUGGAGGAAGAAAUGCUUCGACUUGCAGAAACAAGUCAAGUAAAAGGUGUUGUAGAAACAUUUGAGCCGCCAUCAAAUUUAACCCUUCCGCCAGAUGGUGAUGAUACCGAUAGGGAAGUAUACGAUAAUACUCUUCAAUUCUCGUCACCCACAUCCCUAGGGUCUGCUUCUGGUGAAAUACGUCGGGUACAAUCUACUGAUCUGUCUAGUCCCUCUAAGCCACCAGCAACAAACGAAGAUGCUGAUUGGAGGUAAGUUACAUGCUCUAUAGAAUAUAUCAUUUGUGAAUGGAUCAACUGAUUUUAAAUCUUCAGAUUUAUAACGUCAACAGCCAUAGAUCCAGCCAAAACUCCAGUUCCUCAGCACACAGACGUUCUUGCCCCUUCAAUAGAGAAUAAAGCCCCCGGGAAACUACCUUCGCCUUUUGAGGCCGUUCAAACUAAUUUAUCAAAAACAUGGCUUGAUGAUAGUCAUGAAUAUCUACCUCUAACACCAUUCGCUCGCCCAAAGUUUCCCCCAUUAGUUCAAGAUCGAUGCCCGGUCAAUGGGAUGUCUUCCCACACCAUCCUUCGUGUUUGCUUCCGGAUUGGUGAGAUGCUGAAUGAAGGGGGUCGAUGUAAUGCAUUAGGUCAGGAUGCAAUUGUUGAACUCUUCGCGCGUGUCAAUUUCUCAUCCCGAGAACCUGGUACUACCAAGCAGCAUUUCCAAUUCGCAGACUUAUUUCAUGAUCGUCCGCCAUUUGCCAAGGGCAUUCUAGCAAACUUCAAGACCACUGGUCUUGCAGAAAGUGAGAGUAAAGUCUUCACCGAGUCAAGCGAAACAUUGAUGACAAGAUGUUUGGGAAGAUUAAAGAGGGAUGUCAAAAAUGGAGCUUGGUUGUUGCACAUUAUUAAUGUGAGAGUGACAGAUUGGGAAGAGAUUAGAUGGACAAAAAGGAUUGUCUGUGGAGAGCAUGAAGAAAAAGUGAGAUGAUAUGGUACGGAUAGGUAUUGAAGGAAGUUGCCAUUAUUGCUAUCACGAUAAUGUAUAUUUUGCGGGGCUAGAGGACCCCAAACUAACUAAAAUUUAGCAAACACUAAUUAGCCAAUAUGGCAUCUCAGUAAUGUAAUAUAUAGCUACUAUAUCUAUCUAGCUACGAUUUACACAAAACAUUACUUUGCC